CAUCAGCACAAGUAAAAAAAAUGGACAGCUGUUCAGCAGCUGUGUAAAUUCACAAGCUUUGUUGCUCUCUCGUGCUUUGGUCUAGUCAUGUGUUGACAGUCGUAGUAAUCUAAUCUUGUGCCAAAUAGAUCCGGCAUUGUAUGAGGACAAUGAUUCCAAACAACAGAGAAACAAAUCUGAAUGAGUUUCAGACAGUUUAUAAAUGAAGGCUUUGUUUAUUCGUGAUGUCAUCAGUAUUUGAUCAAGAAGACACAGCGGAAAGAGGACAUGUCAGUUGCUUUUCAAGAGAUGGCGGCAGAGAGGCAAAUAUUAUGGAUUGCAGCCAUAAGCAUCCCUCCUUCAGCCUCUCUCUUAGUGGUUCCCCUCCUGAGAUGCUCAGUGGUACAUUCCUAUGUACUAUACACCACACAGCUCUACCUCAAGUCCAUCAGACAGCAGAGCGCUUCACGCAUGCAGCAUCACCUCUGUAAAGCGUUGCUGGUCGCGUGUAACCGAGUGUCUAAUUGCGGUUGACUGUGUGUCUGCAUGCAUUGUGGGUCUGACCUUCUACUGUUCUCUGUCUAGACGUUCAGGAUGUGUGACGGGUGGUAUUCACAGUAAACGGACCCCCUCCCAUUUCCACACCACCCCCUGGCCACUCCGGCACUCCUAAAGGCCCCCGGACAGACCCAGCAGUCGUCUCCGGGAUGUCUUCACCGGGAUCCUCCAGUGGCAGCAAAAGGAAUUCCUCGGAGUUGGAGCUCGAGCAUGCUCAGAGAGUACCGGAGGUGGAGCCUGUCCAGCCACAGGUAAAACUAAAAGACAGGCAAAAGUUUUUUGAGGAGGCUUUUCAGCAGGACAUGGAGCAUUACCUUUCCACAGGAUACCUGCAGAUCACAGAAAGAAGAGAGACAAUAGGAAGCAUGUCUUCGAUGGAGGUGAACGUGGACAUGCUGGAGCAAAUGGACCUGAUGGAUAUGUCCGACCACGAGGCUUUGGACGUCUUUCUCAACUCUGGUGGAGAGGACAAUAGCGUGGCUUCGCCGAUGCUGGGGCCAGAUUUAGAGUCGUUCACUUCUGAGAUCACACUUCAGGUGCCCACACAGGCCGACCUUAGACACAAGCUCGCCUCGCUGUCCUCCACAUGCACAGACUCAGUCAGUCAAGACACAGAAGCAGGGGAGGAGGAAGACGACGAUGAAGAGGACCAGAGGCAACUGACGGGAAACCAUAGCUCUGCGCUUGUCCAGACAGACCGGGAAGAGGCCGAGUUGGAUUCAGGGCGAAAUUGUCCGAUCAAGAACUGUGAGAGCAGCAACUCCUCGUGAAUAUGUGGAGGACGGACAACAGACUGUGACAGGAAGUGAUGUAAUAAUGAAUGUGCUAUGCACUUGAGUCCAGAGGAAGAGUGUGGAAUUGUCUCAACAUAUGUUUUUGUGCUGUUCAGUGUACGCCUGAUCCUGUGCCUGCCCUCCAAAUCCAUAAAUAUCUUUUAUGCUGUUGGACAUUCACUACAUACGGCUGAUAAUGUUGUAAAUACCUGUACAUCCAUGAUGAAUUUAGCCUCAGUACCGUUGUUGUCAUGGUGAACAGAGAUAUAAAUCGAUCAAUUUUUACCUUCUUCUCUCAAUAGCUUCAGAUAAAAGAGAUAUAUCAUUGAUGUAUUCAAAACAGAUGUGUAUGCCGCGAGCUACAUCUCUCUCAUGUUUUAAAUCAAUAAUGCUUUACUGGCUUCAGGCUUACCAAAGUGAGAUUAUGAUGAUUAGGAUCAAUAUCUCGAUUAGGCUUUAGGCCAUAUUUCAAUAUUCGACUCCAGAUUCAAUAAAAAAAAGAUAAACAGCAGGCAGAAAAAAUCAGACAAUUCAGCUUGAAUGUCUGGAUUUCAUUGUAUAAUGAAAACAAGCAUUGACAGCUGUAAACAAAUGAUGCUAGACUUGCUAGAACGAAUUUCACUUUUGGCAACAGCUUUCAACUUGAAACAGAAAAUGUUAAAUGACUUUGCACCUUUAUUCUGAAAAGACCUUUAUUCUGAAAAUUAUCAUUUAUGUUUAAUACUUUCUUCCAUGGUCACUAUAAUUUUUUUCUGAUUUUUAUUGUGUGUCGGAAAUUAAAAUUUAACAUCAUCUACACAGUAUAGUAGUAGAUUACUAAUUGGUAAAAUAUUAAAACAUGAUAAACACAUACCCUGUGCACCUCUGUUACAUGCUAAAAUGCUACAGGGCGUUGCUUUUUUUUUCAUUUUACUUUUUACUGUGCCUGCUCGGUUUUUUAUGUGUUGUGUUCAAACAUUUACUAUUAUUUUUUAUUUAAAAUCAAAAUAAACUUCAAUCUUUUGGUCGAAUCAGUUAUUUAUAUACAAGCAUACACAAAAAAAAAAAUGCUGGGUUAUUUUCAACCUAUCGUUGGGUCAAAAAGGGAUCAACCCAACCUGUUGGGUGGUUUUAACUCAUUUUUGGGUCAAAUCUAAAUAUUUUCUGGGUUGAUAAAUAUUUCCCAAUGGCUGAGUUUGUGCCUUUUUGACCCAAUGCUGGGUUGAAAAAAGUGUAGGGUUAAAACAUUUUUACAUCUCUAUUAAGCAAUUCAUGCAGUGAAAAUCAAUAGUUACAUGGUUGUAUAGUUAGUUUUUUUUUGAGAAACUACCCUGUUAGAAAAAAGUACAAAACUAUCUUAUGUGUCAUAAGGUUCUGCUUCAUGCCUUUACAAGUAUACAAAUCAUAAUAUAAUGUUGUACCUUUUUUAACCCUUUUUGAGUGGAGGAAGGGGGUGAAAAGGUGAUUUACACCUUCAAAUUAAUAUAAUAGCAUUUUUUUGGUCUAUAAGUCUAAUUUUGGU